AUGCUUCGACCACUUGUCGGGGUCUUGUGUCUCUUUUUCUUGUUCGGGUGGCUGCCUGGCAUAUCAGCUUCUCAGCAUGGACAUCACACCCACCACCAUCUUUACCGACGACAUAAUGGGACCGAGAGUGCCGAGUCUGACGGCUCUGCCAAACAUGUUGUUGAAGAAGCUCUGAAAGCUCUGAGAAUUGCCAACAAGCUUCGUGUGGAGAAUUCUCAAUUUAACAAAUGGGAAUUCCAAGAUAGUACUUCCCAAGACAAAGGAUUGACCGAUGUCCCGCUUUCAGACUACUCAGACUCUACGAAGAAUGUAUCACUGGCUCAGCUGAAUAGACGCUCAUCUACCAAUGAUUCAAGCUCACUGGGGUCGAACCCAAAAUACGGCUACACCUUAUCACCCGCAAUUGUCAAGGCUGCAAAGGAGGUUGCGGAAUCUGAGAAGCCAACCCCUUCGGACAUUGACUAUGCCUCUAUUGCAUCAAAAAUUCGCGCGAAAUGGAGUGCAGGCACAAAUGACACGAACGCAAUGGUCCAGAAGCUAUCUCGCUCGAACGGAUUGGAUCAAUACACUUCCUCCGGACAGCCAGACGGUCUUCAAGAACCAACUGAAGAAGGCGUCAGUAAAAGAGACACUUCAUCGUAUUGGAUGGCAAGUGUAGAGAAGAAUGGUGCUAGCCCCUAUGCAGCAUUCGGCUACAAGAUCUGGAGAAAUGUGAUGGACUAUGGAGCUAAAGGAGAUGGUGUUACUGAUGAUACUGCUGCCAUUAAUCGAGCAAUCUCUGACGGUAACCGAUGCGGUGCCGAUUGCAAAUCUAGUACCAGAUACCCAGCUGUCGUCUGGUUUCCUUCUGGUACUUAUCUUGUCAGCAGUCCUGUAAUUCAGUAUUACAACACACAGUUGUUAGGAGAUCCUACCAAUCUCCCUACAAUUUUGGCUGCUUCGAGUUUCGUUGGCCUUGGUGUGAUUACCUCCGAUGUCUAUGUUGGUGAUUCGGAAGAAUGGUAUCUCAACACUAAUAACUUCUUACGAAGUAUCAGGAAUUUCAAAAUGGAUAUCACGCGCACUGACCAAUCAGCGUACGUCUGCGCCAUUCACUGGCAAGUCGCACAGGGUACCUCUCUUGAGAACAUUGAAUUCUAUAUGCUGCAAAAUGUCGAAGGAAAUACCCAACAGGGUGUUUACAUGGAGAAUGGCAGUGGUGGAUUUCUAGCUGAUCUUACAUUCGUUGGAGGUAACUUUGGAGCAUAUUUUGGUAAUCAGCAAUUCACUACAAGUCAUUUAGUGUUUGUGAAUUGCAAGACGGCUCUCCAAGUUCACUGGGAUUGGGCUUGGACAAUGCAAGAUGUGGUCAUCGAGUCCUGUGGAACCGGAAUACUUUUGACUGGAGGUGCGGGCGGAGCUGCGAGCACCGUCCCAAAUACAUCAAUAUCGGACAGAGUCAAAUUAUCAACCUCAAGACCGCCGGUGCUAAAGGCGACGGUGUGA